CUCUUUAAAGUCCUGCCCUCCUUACUCUGCUCUUCUUUCGCUUGUCGGUCUCAGGAGUGAAGCUUCUUCCAGCCUUCCGAAGCCAGUAAAGUCAAAGGACAAUCCGAACUUACUUUUCCUAUCGAAACUUGCUUUAUUUACGGGUCAUCGUUUACGUUUUUGGUUUUUGCCAUGGAGUAACUUUUUUUUUUGUUUGUUUUUUUUUUAGCGCGCAAUCAUUAAGUUUUCCAAAGGGCGGUAAUAUAUAUUUUUAAAUCAUAUACCGACAGUUAAGUUACUAGUAUAAUUUACACGCGAACUGUUUCUAUUCGGAUUUCAGUUGAUAACUGAAAUGGUUAUAUGUUUUUUUUUAAUAGUUUAUCACUAUAUAAAGUUUGUAUUGAACACGAUAAGCUAUAAAACAUUUUUUUUUGGAGAGGAGACUGAAAGGUGUUCUUGUAACUCGCUGUUUUAGUGUUUAUGACGUGGUUAGACUUCAAGCAAUUACCAGUUAUACUGUAGAGAAUGCUUUUGAUCUAAGUUGGCACUGACAAGGGUAAUAAUACCGAUUCUCGGAGUGUCUGCUGGACCACGGAAUCAAUGAGGUACUCGCUGGAAGGACGUGCUGUCCGAAUCUCACCUAAACGUUGAUACGUCUUGGAAGUAAUGCUCUGGCUUCCCCUGGUUGCCAUGGUGUUCGCCUCGGCCCUCCCCUUCCCUGCAAGUCUGUCUCCAAGGCUCAUUACUGCAGCACUAGAGCCUGGAAGAAGUUCUCUUACCCACAGGAAUAAUGUCAGCAGUGGCUACUGGCUACAAAAUGAAAGCAUGAGUGAAGGACUGAACAGUAUGAACACAAAACAGGUUUACGACAAUAAAACUUUUGAGGACUACAGCUCUCAGAGUAAUCAAAGCCUGAGAAAUUCUGGACAUUUACACAGGCCCUCACGGAAGGACUAUAACAUGACUGUUGUUGGUGACAACAGUGGGAAACUAAAUGUAAGCAGUGUACAAAAAUUGCAGAAUAAUCAGAGCCAAAUGGCCUACAACAUAUCUUCCUUUUUUAAUCAGGGGGACUAUAAAUCCCACAGCAAUCAAUCACAAAAGAGCACAUUCAGUGUCAUUCAGAGGCAGAAAAAUGCCCACAAGAGUGGCACACAGAAAGACGUGAUUCCUCAAUAUUCAAACGUUAAUGGAGGCAAUUUGGGAACCAGUGAUUUUCAGAUCAUUAAAGGGAAACACAGGCUGGAAGAUUAUGUUUCUCUGAGUAACCAGGCACCAGAGGAUUACAAAUCUCAGAAAAGCCCUGCACAAGAAGUCAUUCAGAACAAGGGGCGCCAUUUGUUUAAUACAACAGCUGAAAAAUACAACACACUGACAGAGGAUAUCAGCAGACAUCGAGAUGCUUCAAUAAAAAAUCAAAUAUCCCAGGACGCCACCAGUCAAGCACAACAAGCACCAAUCAGACACAACGAUGAGCCCAAAAGAAUAGCAGAGAAAGAGAGAAGCCAGGCCAGCUUGGGUGAAGAAAUUGAGAUGGGAGGGCUAGUGGAGGGAGGGAAAUUGGUGGGUGAAGAAGAUCUCCUGUUCUUGGACACACACCCCCGGGUCCUGUUCUCCCCCUCCUCCUCACCUCCAAACCAUCCGCCUCGUCUCCUCAUGCUGGAGGCAGGACUACUGGCUGAUGGCGAGCGAGAGGAAGAGGAGGAGGAGGAGGAGGAAGAGUGGGAUAGAGAUAAUGAAAACAGGACCGAAUCUGAGCAGGUGGGAAAGGUGGAUCAGUGGAUAGAUGCCAUUGAUUAUAAACAUAUGGACAUGAGCAAUAAUGUAGAAAAAUACCAAGGUAGCCAUACUGAGAGCAGCCUGCAGAGGCAGCAGUCAGGGCUGUCACCACAUGACACCCAAGGAGGCCCAGAGAGCCAGCAGGGCCCUCGGCCAAAAGCCCGGCACAGACGCUCUGGGGUCUCCACCCCCAGGAGAGGGGAAAUGUCCGUGUGCGAGGCGGCCAGCGAGUGGGUCAUCGACAAAAAGAGCGCCAUCGAUUCCUACGGGAAGAACGUCACCGUGCUACCCGAGAUCCAGACCCUGACGGGCCCCCUGAAGCAGUACUUCUACGAGACACGGUGCAAGGAGGAUGAGAGGCAUGGGAUGAGCCGCGUGGGAGUCAGCGGGAGCCUGGGGAUGGCCGGAGGCAGCUGCCGCGGGGUCGACAGGCGCCAGUGGGUCAGUGAGUGUAAGGCUAAGCAGUCUUACGUCAGGGCUUUAACCAUGGACGUCAACAAGAGAGUGGGCUGGAGGUGGAUCAGGAUCGACUCAUCCUGUGUUUGCGUGCUGGUGUCCCGGGUCAGCAGGAACUAACAGGACGGGGAGCGCGUCUGUCAGCAGGCAAGGAGGAGUAAGGGGAGAACAGGGGAGCCUAUCUGCCAGUAGACAAGGAGGAGUAGGGGGAGACCAGGGGACUAUGCCUGCCAGCAGGCAAGGAGGAGUAGGGGGAGACCAGGGGUGCCCAUCUGCCAGUAGACAAGGAGGAGUAUAGGGGGAAAACAGGGGAGCACGUCUGCCAGCAGGCAAGGAGGAGUAGGGGGAGACCAGGGGGGCCCAUCUGCCAGUAGACAAGGAGGAGUAUAGGGGGAAAACAGGGGAGCACGUCUGCCAGCAGGCAAGGAGGAGUAGAGGGAGACCAGGGGAGUAAUGGCGCCUAAAUGUUCACAUGAAUGUGGAUAAGAAGCACUGUGUCCCGUCCCUCCUGUUAACUCAGCUGCUGCUGAGAGUCUGGCACUUCCUGUGGGCCGGCAUGGCUGAAAGGGGCGACUGCCUGCCCACUCCUUCAGGGAGGUUGUGUUUUCAGUCGUUUGUCAAUCGUACAUUUUUCACGAAGUGCACAAGCCUCCCCCUCACCCUCUCGAGCUGUGAUCUGGGGUUUCCCCAAAUGUCAUCUGCAAGCCGGUCCUAGAAUCUGUUGCCAAGCUGACGUCUCAGAGAGUCAUGUGUAUGCUAGUGUUCAUUCCGACCCGUUCCCCUAAAGUACAGCUAUACAGUACUCUCUGUGUUAACUAUGCCUGUGUAUCUCGCCAAGAGUAUGGUUACAAAACAGUAUUUUCUGACUGUAGGGCAAAAAAAAACAUGUAAGCAUCAAUGGUAUUUUUGGUAUUUAAGAAAAAGGAAAAGUAGAACCAAAAAGAAUUUGAAUUUGACAGGAUGCUCAAGCAUACAAAAACAUAUUAGUCUUUAUUGACGUAGUGUGACUUGCUUGGUUUGCGAAUGUUUUUAUGGCUGCCUAGAAGUGGCUGGUAGCCGAGGCGCAAUUAGAAGGGCAGUAAAACUGCUCAUUCUCCCUGGGCCAGUGCUAGCAGACUAAAUGAAUCCAUAGGUUUGAGAGAAGCACUGUGGCCCAUCAAUGACCAGAGAAAGAUGUAUUUCCCCACGGCCUCUUGGAUUUCCAUUCUGUAUCUCCCACACACCUUUAUCGCUCCGUCACAUGCCGAUCUCUCUUUGUCCCAUCUGAGUCCCCACCUUUCAUAUUUGUAUCCUUCCAUCUGAUUGGUUCUCCUAUGUCUCUACUUGUGAGUCGUCUUUUUUCCCGCUCAGCUCCCCCUUUGCCUUCAUAAGUCCUUUAAAUGUUUCUAUGCCAGUUUUUAUGUGUCUGUGUAACAUGAAAAACCUCAUUAUAUGAUUUACGAAGCCUGAUGGUGUAAGUAAUCUUAUAUGCAUUUAAAAUGUAAUUAUAUAAAAUUAUUCCUUUCGUUUGUGAUUUGUCAUUGUUUUUAGUUUUUUUUUUAUUAUAAUGUUGCAUUUAACCCUCUAAAGCAUGCUGUAUUAUUAAUAUAUUUCUUGAUAUGCAUAUGCUACGUACUAUGCAUACCGUAUAUAUGUAUAGAUGGAUUAAGUAGGUAGAUACCUAUGUACAAGAAUUUAAAAGGCAGAGUUUACGCCUUUAGCAUGAGAAGUCAGACUUAUACUACUGAACUGGUCAUUUUAUAUUGUGCAAUGCAGUACAUUGGAAACAUUCACUGAAGUUUGGCCACUCAGAGUCUGUAUGUGCAGUCAUUUCUAAGCCUGGGCCAUGAGACACAUCAUAUAUGCUCAUUUCUAUGCCUAAUGAGCUGUUAAUGAACUGGACUUCAUUGAGAUAAUACUUGAUAUGAUACAUAGCUUAUCAGUCAUUUACUUUAUUGUUAAAGUGAGUAGUCAUUUGGUUUAAACGUGAUUUUUGAUAAAGGUUACCUUGUAAAUGUGUGUAAUUAAUCUAUGGGUCAAUCAAGCCUAACUAAUUAACAGCUCAUUUUGCAUGAGCACAUAUUAGUAUGUCUGUAUUUAUGUUUGUUUUCAUGUAGAGGACUGCAUGUAUGUGCAUAUUUCUGCAGGAGCCCAUUGUCCCAAAGAUUAAGGAUGAUCAUAAAAGCUGUAGGUCCCAGUGCAAAAACAAAUAAACACAUGUAUGACAAGCUAUUUUUAAGGAAUAUUUUUUAAGGAGUAAAAGCACAUUCCUCGUGUAACUGAAAUGUUUACAUUCAUUCUUUUGAUUAACUUUCUAGAUAAAACCUGGUAUUCAGUUCCAAAAAUGCCAUUUCCAAAAAUUCAGUUCCCAUUCAUUUAAUGCGUAGAUGGGAUACAUGGUGAUUUCAUAGACGUGUGUGACCUCCCACUCAUAACACAUUGAUUGCUAACUCUUACUAAAAUCUGGCAUGUAUGAAUUUCUCCAUGCAUGUGUCAGACUGUACUUAUAAUAAUUUAUUCCAAUUGGUUAAAUUUCCCAUUCUACAAGGUUAACAAGCUAUUUAACGGUUCUUGAUUAUUUCCCCAUAACCACAAGACAAACGCUGUACCGUGAUAGCUUGAAUAUAGCGUCUUUGUUGGGUAAGUCCACCUGACAUAAGUGAGAUAACGCAUGAUCAGGUGUGUUUUGGGAUGCUAACAUCUUUACCGCAGCACCAUUCCAGCAUGGUUUAUUUCCCUAUAUUCACACAUCCCAUUGUGGUAUCUUACUUAUGUCACACUUCAAUAUCUUUGACCAUUGUCGCCUCACACCUCCACACGUGGCAUUCAGGUCCCACCUCCACUCUGUGUGUGGGUUCUCCCUGUGUGGGUUGGGUUUCCUUCAGGUACUCCAGUGUCCUCCCGCAGUCCAAAGACACGCAGUUUAACAAACACUCUACAGUCUCUCAGUUGCCGGUAACAUGUGAUUAUAUGUGAUAUGAUUGACUGGCUACCUGUCCAGGAUAACUAGUCCAAAGAAAAUAAUGUUGUUUGUAAUUAAAAGCCGCCUUAUUUACACAAAUGUCACACGUCAUAUACAAAUGUCCACCAACAAGGGUCCAUUGAAAGCGCCCCAAAGAACUACAUGAAACAUGAAGAAGUGUACAUUAUGCCCAUGAACGGUUGUGGAAUGUAUAAGAAACUUGUAGAUGUAUGUCUUUACUAUAUCUCUUCAGAGGUCAAAUAUCUGAAAAAAGAAAUAGAGAUAAAGAACGUUCUGUUAUAGAGGUACCUUUCAGUGAUUGAUUAACAUGUUUGUGAUGGUUUUGAACAGUCACAUAUCUAUACAUAAAAUUACAGUACUUCAUUAAUAACAUAAAUUAUUAAGUAACUCCUAUUUAAGUGUUAUACAGUAUUCUCCAUUCACACAUAGUGGCAAUUGCGUGUUGUUUGUUUACAGGACAAACAAAGAAGUUCAUCGCCAUACAACGCGUGGCAUCACGAAAUGUACAUAAAAAUUUUAGGCAUAUGAAAAUAAUGUACAAUGUAAUAAAAAAAAUCACAUUUUCUAUUGUUUUUGACUGUUACUCAGUGUUUUAAUGUUAAUUGUUUAGUUUUUGGGGGGGAUGUUUUGUGGUUCUUUUCCCUGUUUUGCCGUCUUUCGAGCGACCAGCCCGCCAACAAGCGUAUGCUCAGUUGUGUAUUGGUCCGUCUUCCAUAAAAGUAUGUUCUCUCUUUCCCUUUUUUGCUCUUUAAGGUUAUUAUAAUUUAAAUCUAUAUUCUUGCUCACAGAAAAAUGUAAAAAACUGAAAAAAAUCAGUGUUUCUGAGGUUUGAACGAAUUAUUUGUAUUUACAUUAUUUUACAUGGGAAAAAUUGAUUCGGCUCGCAAACUUUUUGGGUCGCGAACUGAGUCCUCGAACGAAUUAGGUUUGUGAGCUAAGGUAUGACUGUACAUGUAUAUACAAUUAUAAAAAAAAUUAUGUUUGAUAAUAAAGGCACUUCUACAGGACUAUAUAAAACAGACCCACCAUGAUUUGGACAAUGUUUUUACAUUGUUAAUUGUAAUUCACUGAACUAUCAAUGCUAUAGGGUAGCAAAUACAGAAUAUGCACUUAUGGAUAUAGGUCAAAGACUACGGCACUUGAUUUGUUCUCAACUAACUGGGUUCACCUACCUGCAUGGCUGGGGUACACCCACGUCUGUAAAUGGGCAGAAGAGUUAAAUUCAAUCAAUGUGGAUACAAGAAAAUAAGUACUUGCAGUAAAUUCCAAAAGUAAUGGUUUCAAAAUUGAAAAUCGAUUUGGUAUUCAUGAUAUUUCAGGGGAUAGUGGCUUUGGCUGUAAUUUUUUGAAAGGGACAAAAAACAUCAAUCUUUCUUAGAAACGGACAUUCGAACUUCAUUGUGCCAGUGUAAUUGUACAAUUGUUUCUCUGUUCCUGUUACAUUCUGCAACAGUGACCAAGUAUUCCAAGAAUACCAUGGCAAUGGAUAUACAGACUGACAUAUUAAACAAAUCUAUAUAAAGUG